GAUAUCACCCAUAGUACCGUCCGUUUCAAGUGCGCCGACGAAGCCUGCCGGGACGUAGACCUCUGCCCUUCCUGCUUCUGCGAAGGGAAGGAAGGACAGCGUCACAAGGCAUGGCACGAUUACCGCGUCGAGGAAUACCUCUCCACGCCGAUCUUCUCCCCCGACUGGGGCGCAGACGAGGAGCUCCUCCUUAUCUCCGGCCUGAUUACUUUCGGUCUGGGGAACUGGUUAGAGGUCGCAGGGUAUAUCGGGACGAGGACGAAGGAGGAGUGCGAGAAGCAUUAUUAUGAGGUGUUUCUCGGGCCGAUGAAUGCGGAGUUCUCGGUUGACGCAGACGAAUGGCAAGCUCGCAAGAAAGCCAGAAUAGAGGAAAUGCGGAAACCUCAAACUCUCCCGCCACCCACCGGCCCCCUCGUCUCCGCACCGACCAACCACGAAGUCGCUGGAUUCAUGCCCGGCCGUCUCGAGUUCGAGCACGAGGUGGAGAAUGAGGCCGAGAUGGCGGUGAAGGAUCUAGAGUUUGGCUUGGGGGUUGGAGUCAAUGGGCUUGGACGUGGGGAGGAAGGACCGAAUGGAAAUGGGAAAGGUGUGAGCCCGACUAAGGUGGACAAGGGGAAAGAAAAGGCCAAGGAGGAGCCACUGUUCGAGGUGGAAGAUGAGGACGAGCUGGAUGUCAAGCUCGCAUUGCUCGAGAUUUACUUUAGUAAGCUCGACAAGAGGGAGGAGGCCAAGGAGAUUAUAUUCGAUCGGGGGUUGACGGAGCACAAGCGGAUACAAGCGGCGGAGCGACGGAGGCCGAGGGAAGAAAGAGACCUUAUACAUCGGUACAAGGUAUUUGCAAAAUUGCAGACGGCAGAGGAUUUCGAGGUCCUCACGGAAGGCUUGAUAGUCGAGCAGAACCUGCGGAAGCGGAUUGCAGAGCUGCAAGAGUAUCGCCGGAUGGGGAUCACGACUGCUGCCGAGGCAGAAGUAUACGAUCAGGCCAAGAUCACACGCGCGGGAUACAAGCCGAUAGGCCUCGCACCCCGCGAGCGCGUCGAAGCGAUCAUCUCGGGUGCCCGGACAAACGCGGGCCAAAACAGGUUCUUGCAUGGCACGCCACCGCCGCAUGAUAAGUCUGGGCGGGACACGCCAAAGGUCGCUCCCCUCAACCUCGCCAACUCGCAGUCCCUCGACCUGCUCACGGAGGGCGAACAAGCGCUGUGCUCUAGUCUACGGAUACUGCCUAAGCCGUAUCUGGCGAUGAAGGAGCUGUAUCUCCGGGAGAAUGAGAGAAGGCAUGGACACUUGAAGCGGCGAGAGGCGAGGUGA